CCGCAGGUUUGCAAAACGCUGUAGUACCACGGUGCUCAUCGCAGCAAUGGCUUCCGGAGAGAGCCGACCGAGAAGCUCUCUCCUCGAGUAUUUUGAGCCUAUAAUACUUGAAGCUCUCCUGUCUAGUCCCGGAUCAUCGCAUGGCUCAGUGGCGGGCAAAGUUAUCAAGCAACCACCAAAGACACAGAGCAAGGCCUGAACGAAGAUCCUUAACAAGCAUCUCUCAACAGCCAAUCUACCAACCGGAUGUCUGGUGCAGCAAUUGCUUCGUCGGUAUCAUCCGACCCAUACUCGACGUCCUUAGACGCCUCCCAACUUGAAACGGAAGCGUACCCGUACUUCUCGCCGGUAUCCGUCUUUGACGCGGAUGACUUCGGCGCCGACUUCACGUCUGACUCCGCCACUUCCCCCGUGUCGCCUAUCUCUCCCGCUCUUUCGGCAAGCUCACUUGGCUUCCCCCCGACAGAGGGGUGGGCCGCUUGGGAUUCCUCGGAACUGUUUCCGAAACCUGACGGCCUCUUGGGAUGCCAAACAUUUGCCUCCUGCCCGCCCUCAAACCCCACCUUGAGCCCGGCGAUCAAUCCCAUGGACCUUUCCACGCCACCGUACCUGAACCAGUCGCCGCAAGCUUUGCUAGCCUCCUGCCAAACCCAGCAGCAACAGACACCAUUCCCUUCAUCUUCCCCUUCAACAGCCUCACCCACAUCUCCAACGACAGACAUCACCACCACGAAACGGCGCCCCUCUCGCAUGCCCAAGCGCAAGUCCACCAGCGCUCACACCUCCGACGACGAGCCGGCGCCAACCAAACGGUCGCCGUCAAGACGAUCCUCGAGGAAAACCGCCGAAGGCGCCGCCACCACCACCACCACCACCACCACCACCAACCCUGCUGCCGGCCCCAGGAAAAAAGCCCACAACAUGGUCGAGAAGCGCUACCGCACCAACCUCAACGACAAGAUCGUCCAGCUGCGCGACGCCGUGCCCUCGCUGCGCGAGAUGGCCGCCCGAGCGAGGCUGUACGAGCGCGCCGGCGCGGGUGGUGCUUCCUCCGAGCUCUCGGGGUUCGAGGAGGCCAAUGAGGGCGAGGACGGGGGUCAUUCGCUAGCCAAUGGGCUCAGCGGUGCUCGGAACCUUGAUCUUGACGGUGGCAUUGGUGGCAGUGGUGGUGCUGCCAAGCUGAACAAGGCGACCAUCCUGGCCAAGGCGACCGAGUACAUCCUGCUGCUGGAGCAGCGGAAUCGAGGGUUGGAGACGGAGAACGACGCGCUGAGAGGGCGGAUGGAGGGGCUCGAGAUGUGGGUCAUGCAGGCUGCGAAUGCGGGCGCGGAGCCGGUGGUGGGCGGGUGGAGUUAAUUAGCCCCGGCCGUGGGCAAGGCGUUUCUGUGAUGGAGUGGUUGGUUUGUUGGUAUAGAUCAUGUCAAACAACCUGGAAGCGAAAUACCUGUCUUCGGAAUGCAUCGGCGGCGUUGGGAUCUGGGUGGGUUGGCUGGAAAUGGGAAAUGGGCGGAAAUUUGCUAACUCUUACGGAGCCGGAAACCUACAUAGCUUGUCUUCAUUUGAGAUUUUCUCACCUCCGCUC